AUGAGCACACUCAGAAAGCUCUGCGAUCUGUGUGCCAACGACAUGCGACACUCGAUCAACACCCUCCAAUGGGUGGCGGUGGCGGCGAAAAAGAACAAAAGAGCCAUCGGAAUGAAGUUGGUCCACGAGGUGAUCGAGAAAGAGAAAAGCGGCGCUUCUUCGAUCUUCGAGCACUGGCACACAAUUCUGGAACUCUCAAGGCACGCGGACGCACGAGGAAGCAUAAAAUCGACCCGAGACCGUGUGUUCACAAUUGAAAAAAUCGCCGCGGAGCACGGAGGAGAAGACCGAUUCAUUUCCGGAAUCCACGCGAAUUAUCUCGUCACUCUGCCCAUCGGAAUUAUUCGAAAAGCAUCUACAUGGUUCCUGUUCUAUGAUGAUAUUCAGAAAAUUGUAAGAACUCCCAUUGACUAUUUAUAAAGACAUUCCGUUUUUUCAGAUCUCAAAGUUCCAGAAUUGGUCUGUGAUGAAGUACGCCUUCUCCUCGUUCGUUUCUCUUCAUUUGGCCAUCGCUACACACGCCAGAAUCAGUGUUCACUAUCCACAACUGGAGCAGAACAUGUUCCAGAAGACGAAAGAAUCCGAGGAGACGUUGGCAGCCGUACGAUCGUGUGGAUUGGCGGCGCGGAAUGCGUCCAAGAAAGAGUUGCUCACCGAGCUGCUCCCGUUGAUUGUUGGCAUAGUUCAGCCGCCUUUGAAGCCGGUAUUCAGAAAACCAAUAUCGAUUUUUACAUAAUUUUUCAAUUCAGAUGAACGAAUCGCUGUACAAUCAAAGAGAACUGGCCUUUUUCAAUCAGACCGUCUCUAUUAUGUGCGACUACGGACUGACGUACACGGCGACAAUGGUCAAGGAUCAGGUCAACUAUCUGUUCACGCCUUCAGUAGACAUUCUGACCAUGUUCCCGCUGGAGACGCCCCGGAGACCGUAUCUGGCGAAUGCUACCCGUCAAAUGAUCGCUCAUAAAGUACAGCUUUCUUUUCCUUUUCUAUUACAAAUUUCUGAAUUUCAGAUAACAUUGAUGCGUGCCCGCUUGUCCGAUGAACCGUUGAAAGUGACGACGAACACGGAAAAGAUUAAGGACUUGGUGGAACAAGACAAUAAUAAGAAGAAGACGCCGAAGAGAUUGUCGGCCGGGGCUAUGAAGCGGAUUCAGAACGGAAAACUGGCCGACGUGACUUUUGUGCAUCAGGAGGGCGACAGCAGUGCAGUGAAGAAGAAGGUCACGCUGCAGCAGUUGAAUGCGAUCCUUUUCGGGGACAGAUGA